AUGUCCCAGCAACACACACUGCCAGUGACCCUCCCCGCUGCCCUCAGUCAGUUGCCUCUCAAGACUGUUUCUCCUCCACCCAAUACUCAGCAGGAGCACACAAAGCAACCAACUCCACUGCCUGCCCCAUGCCAGGAGGUGCCCUCUGAGCUCCCAGUGGAGGACCCCUCAAAGCACAAGGAGAAACACACAACUCCUGUGAAGGGUGUACCUGAGCAAGAGCAUGAGCUACAGCAGCAGCAGGACUCGCAGGAACAGGAACUACACCUGGGACAGCAGCAGCAGCAGCAAGAAUAUCAGGAGCAGGAACUGCACCUGGAACAGCAGCAGCAGCAAGAUUAUCAGGAGCAGGAGCUGCACCUAGAGCAACACCAGCAAGACUCUCAGAAGCUGGAGCUGCACCUGGGACAGCAGCAGCAGCAAGGAUAUCAGGAGCAGGAACUGCACCUGGAACAGCACCAGCAGCAGACGUCUCAGGAGCAGGAGCUGCACCUGGGACAGCAGCAGCAACACCAAGAGUCUCAGGAACAGAAGCUGCACCUGGUACAGCAGCAGCAAGAGUCUCAGGAGCAGGAACUGCACCUGGGACAGCAGCAGCAGCAACAGCACGAGACUCAGGAGCAGGAGCUGCAUCUGGAACAGCACCAGCAGCAAGAGUCUCAGGAGCAGGAGCUACACCUGGAACAGCAGCAGCAGCAGCAGCAACAAGAAUCCCAGAAGCAGGAGCUGCACCUGGAACAGCAACAGCAGGAGGCACAGGAGGAGGAACUGCAUCUGAAACAGCAGCAGCAGGAGUGUCAGAAGGAAGAGGUGCACCUAGAACAGCAGCAGCAGGAGUGUCAGAAGGAAGAGGUGCACCUAGAACAGCAGCAGCAGGAGUGUCAGAAGGAAGAGGUGCACCUAGAACAGCAGCAGCAGGAGAAACAGGAACUACAGCAGCAUCAAGGAGCAGGAAUCCUGGUGCAGAAGCUUCAUCAGGAGAAAACACAAAGUGAGCAGCAGCUGAAAGGGCAGCUGGACUGGGAGGAGAAGCUCCUGGACCAGCAACUAGAGCAAGAGCUGGCCAAAAGAGAUGAGCAACUAGGAAAGAAAGAAGAACAGCUGUUGGAGCCAUCAGAGCAGCAAGAGGGACUGCUGGAGCAGCCUACACUUGUCCCAGCUCCUGGCCAGCUCCAUGAGAGCCAGGCAGCCCAGCUGCCAAAGGGAGAAGUUUUGCUCCCUAUAGAGCAGCAGCGGCAGCAGGAGGUGCAGUGGCCAGUCAAACAUCAGUAACCACAACCAAGUGUUCUAGAGCCCC